AUGACCCAGCCUCCGGCCGCCCAGGCCCCCGCCAAGAAGCACGUGCGUCUGCAGGAGCGGCGGGGCUCCAGCGUGGCCCUGGUGCUGGACGUCCGGUCGCUGGGGGCCGUGGAGCCCAUCUGCGCGGUGAACACCCCCCGCGAGGUGACCCUGCACUUCCUGCGCUCGGCCGGGCGCCCCCUCACCCGCUGGGCCCUGCAGCACCAGCCGCCCGGCCCCCGGCAGCUGGAGGACGAGUUCCUGAAGAUCCCCCCAAACUUUGUCAACCCCGAAGAGCUGGAUGUGCCAGGACACGCCUCCAAGGACCGAUACAAGACCAUCUUGCCGAACCCCCAGAGCCGCGUGUGCCUCAGCCGGGCACGGAGCCAGGAGGAUGGCGACUACAUCAACGCCAACUACAUCCGAGGCUACGCCGGGCGGGAGAAGGCCUACAUCGCCACGCAGGGCCCCAUGCCCCACACCGUGGCCGACUUCUGGGCGAUGGUGUGGCAGGAGGACGUGCCGCUCAUCGUGAUGCUCACGCAGCUGCGCGAGAGCAAGGAGAAAUGUGUCCACUACUGGCCGGCGGACGAGGACUCCUACGGCCCCUUCCGGGUCCGGCUGCAGGAGGAGCGGGCGCUCCCGGAAUACACCGUGCGGCGGCUCACCGUGCAGCACCAGGAGGAGUGCCGGGCGGUGAAGCACGUCCUGUUCUCGGCCUGGCCCGACCACCAGACCCCGGAGUCGGCGGGGCCGCUGCUGCGCCUGGUGGCCGAGGUGGAGGAGAGCCCAGAGGUGGCCGCCGGGCGGGGGCCCAUCGUGGUCCACUGCAGCGCGGGGAUCGGCCGCACCGGCUGCUUCAUCGCCACCCACAUCGGCUGCCAGCAGCUGAAGGCCCGGGGGGACGUGGACAUCCUGGCCAUCGUGUGCCGCCUGCGGCUGGACAGGGGGGGCAUGAUCCAGACGGCGGAGCAGUACCAGUUCCUGCACCACACGCUGGCCCUGUACGCCGCCCAGCUGCCCGGGGAGCCCAGCCCCUGA